AGCAGCACCUCGUUUUUGUUUAUCUGUUGUUAUGGAUACCAGGAACAUAAAUUUUAAAAAAAGAAGGAUCACAGAAGGACAAUUUCACAGUUCUCCCCCUCUUUGUUGAAGCCAUCAGGCAAAUUCCACCUAAUUUAAACAUUGUUGAAACCUCCCUUUUCUUGUUGCUGGCCAGGCCGACAUUUCUGGGUAUCCCACAAUGCCUUGCAAGUUGAUUUGCUCGUGUUCACAUAAAAACAGAGCUUUGCGUUGUGCCUUUUCUUCGUGGGUUUUUCACCUCAUGACCCGCUUUCACCCGCCUGGGAAUGUCACUCAUGCGUUGCCUGCGACAUCGGGUCACGCUAUUGGCAUGAAGAGACUGAACAGAACAUACAGGAUAAAUAUUUAAAGUCAACAUAUGUUUCUAAAAGGAAGAUUAAAAGGAUAACGCAUGCAAAAAACAAAAAAAAAGAUGUGCUUAAGCAACCCAACAUUUUUCUUUUUUCAGAAGUUCCUCUUAAUCUUUUAUGUAUUAUGUUUCACCCUUAGCAUGAACUCUUCAGUAACACUUAGUUCUUCUGUUUAGCAACAUUUAUUAUCCAAACUCUCGGUUAAAACAAACAUACGAUGUGUUUUCUUCAGCCGGCUUAUCGCACCUGCCCUUGACACGCCCCUCUCUUACAGAGACAACGCCCCUCUCUUAAAGAGACGGCGCCCCUCUCUUAAAGGGAAAGCGCCCCCUCGUAAAGGGACAACGCCCCUCUCUUAAAGAGACAGCGCCCCUCUCUUAAAGGGAAAGCGCCCCCCCUCGUAAAGAGACAGCGCCCCUCUCUUAAAGGGAAAGCGCCCCUCUCUUAAAGAGACAGCGCCCCUCUCUUAAAGAGACAACGCCCCUCUCUUAAAGGGAAAGCGACCCCCUCGUAAAGAGACAGCGCCCCUCUCUUAAAGGGAAAGCGCCCCUCUCUUAAAGGGAAAGCGCCCCCCUCGUAAAGAGACAACGCCCCUCUCUUAAAGGGAAAGCGCCCCUCUCUUAAAGAGACAGCGCCCCUCUCUUAAAGGGACAACGAGCACUUUCCUACCUUUAGGUAUUGAUGCUAUCAGCGUGGUCAAUUUCAUAAAAACAAGGUCCCUGAAGGCAUCGCUGUUUACCGCAGUCUGAGGAGAGGGAGCCUUCAGCUCGGUGGCUCUCACGAGAAAAUGUGUCGUCGCGUCUUUGAGCUCAGAGACUUUAAACAUCCGUCAUGUGCUGUCGUGUGUCAUACUGGACCGUACAAUACGAUUGAAAUUGUACACAUAUUCUACAUACACAUUCUGGAAAGAUGAGGUGGACUCAUUUAUGUUUAUCUUUGUAACGUUACACAUGUAUUUACUUUUUGGAGUCAAAUUUAUUAAGUCAAUUAUAAUUAUUAAGUUUGCUGAUGAAUAAUUUCUGAUCAGGUGUCAGAUGGACAGGUGCCUCCAUCGAGGGAAUAUUGAUUCCUUUGAGAAUCUGAGUGAAUUUGAGCUACACUAAUACAUACUAUACUAAUACAAUUUGAUGGCUCACACAUAUCUGCACUAAUUUUGUUUUGCACGUUGUUUUGAAAAGAUAUGCAGUGUAAAACUCUUAAUUGCUAAAUAUUUGAACUUGUUUUGUUUAGUUUUUCACAGUUUGCACUUAUUGUUAUGAGACAAAUUUCCCCUUGGGGAUUAAUAAAGUAUAUAUCUAUUUAUCUAUUAUCUUGAAAAGAUAUCCAGUGCAAAACAGGUUAAUUGCAGCCACAAUAAGCUAUUUGCCAAAUAUUUUUUUAUUUUUUUUAAUGACUAUUUACAUUGUUUUUGUCUGAUUGGAGUAAUCUGUUUUAAUUAAAAAUGAAUGCAAUUUUCUUUAAUCUAUUAUUUGAAAAAGCACAAAUGGAGGACUUGCACAAAGUUGUUAUUUCAAUAAAAAUUCAACAUGGACCAUUUAGUUACAAUUGUGUUUGUGCGGCGGGGCACAAACAUUCUUCUUCCUCCGAAGUGGGCGUGACUCAAAGAGUUUGAGAAGCCCCAGUGGGCGGAGCUCCGCUCCCAUCCAUCCUUCAUGUGGUCUCUUGUCCCGUUAGCAGCAGAACCAUCCAACAUCCCCUCAUCACGGAGCUCUUGUCCUGGUCGACUCUCGGCGUCUGGUAAGUUGUUUUCCGGUCCAAGUCAACAAUAGAAACGUGGGAUCCUGUAUCCCACAACGCUGCCGUCUGAACUCCACCGAGGUCACACCGGACAACUCACUGUUCUUUCUCGUUUCCUCGUCAGUGGAGCCUGACUCGCAACAUCGUCCAACUUCACAUCGGCCUCUUCUAUUUUACUGGAGUGGUAUUUUAUUCUUUUUUUUUCGACAUCCAAUGACCCAAUGUUCCCUGCUGCCACACUAAUACAGUGUGUACAUCGGCCCGCUGCAGGUAUGAGGGUGCUGCACUGGUGCAUGCUGGGAGUGACCAUCCUGCUGCUGCUCUGCGAGGUCACCAUCAGUCAGCUGUGCAAGUCCCUCAUCACCUUGGUGGAUGGUUUCCACACGCUCUUCAUCCUCUUGCUUAUGGCUCCUCCUCCUCCUCCUCCUCAAACGGCAACCAUCAAAAAGCCGCCGCUCCCCUCUUUGGAUCCCUCCACAUCUCCUCCACAUGGGUCCUGCUCUCCAGCAGAGCUGCCCUCCAUCCUGCCUGCACAGUCAUCCAUUGAGCCUCCAGCCGGGGCCCGGGCUCAGGGGCCUCCGCGCUGUGGCGUGUCCUUCCCCAGCUGCCGGCUUCAGCCUCUGGGGGCUUUCAUUUCCGCCCUCCUCCUGACCUUUCUGUGUCUCACCUACUUCAUGGAGAUCAUCAGCCUUUCCCUGGAGCCACACCCAGCGCGGCGGCCCCUGCUGCUCGUGGUGGUCGGAGCCGCCAGUCUGCUUUAUAAGUUGCUGGUGGUCCGGCUGAACUGGGACCAGCUGCAGAAGGAGAGGGCCAAAGCCGCCUGGAACCAGUCUCACCUUGAAGAGACCCACACAGUCUCGGCCGCAGAGGAAACCAAAGGCCGGGCCGAGCCGGGGCGAGUCCCGGACGACGUUCAAUCCGCCGCGGACCACUCGCUCCACCACGGGGCCCUUGUCCUCUGCAACCCGGGAACCUCCAGCGUCCCCGACGCCGACUCUCAUCCUGCCCGGCAACAGCCGUUCCUCCUCCUUCGUGCGUCAGCUCAACAGGACAGCGAGCUGAAGGUUCGCCGGCGUGAGAGUCGUUCAGAUGACGCCACAGACGACGCCUGCGUGGAACAUAUUGACACCCCGAUGACCGCACCGAGCCGCCAGAGGCCGGUCGGCCUGCUGUCCUUCGUCCUCGUGGUGCAGGGCCUCUGCACCUCUCUGCUGGCUCUGGUCACCAGCCUGGUGACGCUGCUGCUCGGCCCUCAGCUCGUCCACAGCUCGGGAACCUUUGGCCUGCUGGUCUACAUGGAUCCUGCUCUCUCCCUACUGGCUGUGAUUAUGCUGAUUGCCACGGCUGCACCACAGGUGUACAGGUGUGGACUUCUGCUGCUACAGGCCACGCCUCCACACAUUUGCGCAUCUGAUCUGGGGCGAAGGAUCACGAGUGUCCCCGGGGUGCAGGCCGUGCACAACCUUCACAUCUGGCAGUUAACCGACUCGUUCGCGGUGGCCUCUGUGCACGUGCACUGCCACGCUGGCUUUCCGAUGCACAGGUGUGCUGAUCUGAUGGCGGGGGUCACCAAGGUGCUGCAGAGUGUCGGCGUGAGCUGCUGCACCGUCCAACCGGAGUUCGCCUCCUGCUGCGGGUCCUCUGCAGGCAGUGAGGGGGACGCCUCACCUGUCAUCCACAGAGAGGACCCCUCCCUGCCACCUCUUCUGACCUGCAGCCUGGCCUGUGGGAAGGCCUGCGCUGGUCAUCUGUGUUGCUCCACCCGGGAGGAGGAGGAGGAGGAAGAGGAGGACGAGGAGGACGAGGACGAGGACGAGGAGGACGAGGACGAGGAGGAGACCGGCCCGCUGGCGCCACCAGCUGGGGAAUCAAAGGAAGAGCCUCAGACGCUCGUCAUCGAGAACACCUUCCUCUGACUGGAGCGGAAUAAACGGAUGAAUGAGUAGAAGUAAAAGAUGAUGCGGAGGAAUGAACAGAUUUGAAAGUGUAAUCUCUCCUAAAACACUGCUCGUCCAGUAUAUGUAUAAAUGUUGUGUUAGUUUGAUGACAUGAACAUGGUGCUGCCUUAAAGUGAGGUUGUUCUCCUGCAUUGUGCCAUAUAUGUUUAAACAAAUAAUACUAAAGUGUGUCUUUUAUUUUAUUUUAACACAACACCAAAUGUAUCCCAUUUGUCACAGCAACCAAAGAAAGUAGAAGAACUAAUAAAGAUAUGUGAUUUAAUAAGCUACUGUAUUAUGAGUAUCCACUUAACAUAUUAAACCCGGUGGUGAAAAGUAAUAAAGUACAUUUACUCAAGUACUGUACUCUAUGAACUGGAACUUUAGUUCAUUUUAUGCCUCUUGUUCUACUCUAUUAAAUUUCAAACGCA